CGUGCGGUCCUGGGGUGCUGGUGAAGGUGAUGUUACAGGCGCUGGCGAAGAAGUCACUGGUUUGAAUGUCGUCGUGGUCCGUUGACGUUUCGGUUUUUGGUCCUGAGACGUGGUGAGUUUGGCAAUGGCGGCUUCGGCGGCUUUCCGUUUGGGCCUCGCUGACAUCGGGAAGAGUUGUUUCUGAGGCGGAGUCUCUGAGAGAGUGUCUCCUGGCGGCGAUGGGGAAAGCAUGAUGUCGAAGAAAGAAGAACGGGUCCAACACUCCUUGCUGUCCUCGUCCUGGUCUCCCUUCUCGUCCCCCUUUGGCCAAAAACGAGUAAAACUUUCAGGGAGCCUGCAGCCGCAAAGGAAUGCUAUCCACAACGACCACUCGCACAGCAGGUACCGCUUUCCAAACGGAAGCCACGGACCCUUCAGCACCCCAGCAAACCCAAAAUUGCGCAUUCACAACAACUGCAAACCCCUACGGCUCGCAGAACGAUGUCGCAGCGUUGGUGACGAAGUUGGAGGCUGAUGUGCAGGACUACCGGAAUCAGGAUGUUCUGGGUUUGUCCGAGAGAAGAGCAGCCAUGGAGACGAGCACCCAACACUACGAAGCGGCUUUACGAGUGUGUCUAUUCAACAUCCUAAAAGACCAUCCAGCAGCCUACGAGCCGAACCUCGACUUCAACGCCACCAUCGCGAAACUAAAGUCUCUUACGGAGGAGUGUGAGCUGCAAUUCUAUGAGCACCGAGACGAUGAUGCGGCGUUUUCAACCGUCACUAUCUGUGGGAACAUAUUUGUUAUUGAUGCGGAGAUCUUCCUGGAUGGGAAAGUCAAAAUGACUAGACUGUCAUAUGCAACCGAAACGCAUAUGCAGGAUGAACAACACGAACUGGCAGAUGGAAUGUUGCAUGGCAUGCUGACGAUUGGGAACUAUAACGCGUUCAGGGAAACGCUUAUGACGCUCGCAUUUCUGGAUAAGCACUCCGCAUUUCAUCAGCUGCAUUGCAUCGAGAACGAUUUGAGCGAUAUACUGAAGCUCGAACUGGUGCAAAGCGGGAACGACUACCGUUCCGUGAUGCUGGAAGGCCAUGGACUGCCUGCAAUGCACGAGAGGCAGUUUGGAAUAUCAAUAGCUUACUGGGCGAGCCCUGCUACUCUGCUGGACGUCGACUCGUGGCCCUCGCUGCCGCGCGACGAUGUGUUUAGAGCAUUCGUUGAAUUGAAACCCUCUGGGCAACCGGUACCUACCCUGGCUUCGAAUGUUACUCGGCAUCUUGUGCGGGAUGAGGAUGAGCCUCCUGCCACGGACCCGAGGGACUACUCCAUAAUACAAAGCACGUCUUGGCGCAACAUGGCCCCGCUCCAUUUCCGCCAACCGCUGCCCACAUCCCAGGACUGGUCCAAUGUCUCGUACUUCCUCCGCUUCGAGCCCGCGAUCCCGGCGGCGGUUGCGACGGGCGACGACCUCGCUGUCUUUGCGGAUGGGCCUGGUAAUGAAGGAGCCCUGAGGGAGACAAAUGCGACUGGGACGUUUUUGGAGUUGUUGAUGAAUGGAGGGACACCUGAAGAGGCGGAACUCCUACCGUACCUUAUCGGCAAAUCGCUCUUUACCACUCCCUCACCUGCACCACUAGCAGCAACAACCACCCAGUACAUGGUGUUUUCCCCGUCCGCUCCAUCCUUACCGGGUCUAAGCAUCCGCAAGGUCCCAUUUACCAACUCAUCCCAGUUGCAUGCGAUCCUAAAGAUCGUGCGACGACAACUGGUGUUCAAUUACCUUGUUGCGUCAUGCUUCAAUGUUCACACCGCAGGGUGGUCAAUUGAUACCGAAGAUACCGGGAAUGAUGUCGCCCUGGUAAACUCGCAUACCAUGACGGCAACGCUGGUGGAAUGGACGCCACCGACCCAGCUCAUCUUCGACAUCAGCAUCCGCUCGGCAAACGAAUCAGAUCCAACACCUCCCGUCACACUCCGGCUAACCACCAACAUCGACGGCGAUUCGCGCAUCCAGAUCCGCCUCGAAGGCCUGCAUCACCACGGCGUGCCGUCGCCGCUUGUUUGGGGGAGUGGAAGUGACCAGGAGAUUGAGGCUGCGAGGGAGAGACUGGAGCGAUAUGCGAAUGUGACGAUGGAUAUGAGUUUGGUGUUUGGGACACUUUGUGAGGAGGUCGGGAGGCGGGGUGAGGGUGGUGACGCCGUGCCUAUGGAUGUGGAUGGGUGAUGUGGAAGGUGGAUAUACUUAUUGUUUGCGUUUGCGGAUCGGGGCGAGCUCUUGUUUGGCGCUACCUGACGUUCCUUGCGAUGUACAGUACAUAUGCCUCGCUGGCCCAACUAUAAUGCCGUCCUAUUCGAGUGUUACGCGUGCGCGUGGGC